AGAUUGCUGCUCAUUUUCUACAGGUGGAUGCCAUGGCAACCAUAUUGGAGAUGGCAGCAUCUGAGACCAGUGAAUCCAUGGCAACAGAUGAAUCACAGGAAACAAAACAAGAUGCUGCAUUUGAAGAUGACGAAGAUGAUGAAAAUGAGAAAUCAAAACUUACAGAUUACCUCAACAAAUUUAAGAAACUUUAUGCAGAGCUGGAAUCUCUUGGAAAGAUUGAAACUGAAAGUCUGGUGACACUGACAGACAAGCUGGUCAAAGAAAAUCUCCCAUCAUCUGAAACUGAAGAAAUCCUUAAGUAUGAGAAGAAGUUAGAAAAAUGGGAAGAAGAACGUGCUUCACUGAUUCAGAGAGAAAGAGAGUUGAAGGAGAAGGCUCGCCAAGAGAGAGAAGCCAGACGAGCAGCAAAAGCCGCAACUUAAACCUCGUUAUGCUCCAUCUUUGGUGCAAGUGAUUAGGCUGACCUAUUAAUUUGAUUAAAUUGUGCCAUUUGCAGUAUCUGCAUAAUUCUUUCAUCAUUUCCAAAGCGUUAAAGCAAUAUGAAUAAUUUGGGUCUUGCUGAUCAAUGAAUUCAAAGUUGUAAAUAUGCGGUUUUUUUUCCCCUAGCCACUUCAAUCUGAACAUCUGCAUAUGGAUCAUAAUAUUGUUAUUUCACAGUAACCCUAAAUCAACAUCUAACUAUAAUGUUUUAAUAAAAAGCUAGUUAUUUCCAGAAAA